GAUAGCGGUACAGCUCCUUGCGUUCUCGGGGUAUGAAUCACAAAGUCCGCAGAAAUGUGAGUCGGAGAUCACGAAAGAAGCCAGCGAGGUCACAAGACAGCAAGUUCUCAGGGAAAGAAGAAGACAGCACGAGUUCCAGACAACUCCGGAAUCGCCUGAACGGGUGCCAAGACCGUCUCAAAUCGCUAAUCGUUCUCAUUGUUGUGCGUUAAUCGUUCUAUUGUGAGAAAACGUUUGACAAUUGCUUGUGGGUCAUCGUUUCCUUCUAUUGUUUACGUUCAGCCAUGUCAUGCCCACAGGGGAAACCGAGGACUUUCUCUGCCCUUCCCUGGGUUGUAGUUUGUGCCGUGGUGCUUUUGAAUUCGGGGAGUGACGGACUAGAAGCGGGCCCGUACGAGUGGACGCCAUCACCGUGGGGGGAGUGCGAGCGCGGCGGGGGUGAGUGCAGCCGGGCCCGCCGGGCGGUUUGCCUCCGCGCGGUGGAUAACCGUAUGGUCCCACCGUACUACUGCCGCGAACAAGACUCGGAGCUCCCCAUCCUAAGCGAGCCGUGUUACAACUGUACCCAGGACUGCGUCCACUCCGUCUGGUCCCCGUGGUCCGACUGUUCGGCUACGUGCGCCCCCGAGGCGACCCGGUACCGUACCCGGCGCGUGCUGGUCCCGGCACGCGGGGAGGGCGCUCGCCCGUGCGGCCCGUUCUCCGAGGUGGAGGACUGCCCGGACCUGCCCGUCUGCACGGUGGAGAUAACGGUCCGCAGCUACACCUGGAAGGUCGGACCCUGGACCAGCUGUCGCCAGAUCCCAUUGUCAGCCAGACUGCAGCAGAGCUCUGAUGGUGGCUGUGACAGCGGACUGAGAACACGGGAGGUCGCGUGUAUCGACUACGAGGGAAAUGCCAUCAGCGACCCGUUCUGUAUGGAAGGGCGAAAAGGUGCGUCCCGACCAGCUAGUUCGGAGGCCUGUGUUCUCCCAUGUGACUGCCAGGUGUCCAAGUGGGGCGACUGGGGGGAGUGUUCCCAAACCUGUCACGACCUGGACUCUACUGAUGACCAGGAUAUGGGACUGCGAACGAGGACCAGAACAGUGGUGAGGCUGCCCCUGAACGGAGGUCUUCCCUGCCCGUCUCUCUCUGAACAGGCACACUGUAAUGUCUCUGCACUGCCACCCUGUCCAGUCUACAGAUGGCACACUGAGGCCUGGGGAGAGUGUUUACUGGAUGAGGAGACAGAAGGGGUUUGCGGAGCAGGCUGGCAGACCCGGCAGGUUUGGUGCACUGAAGAGGGCGACCAGGACAACAGGCCUGUCAAUAACGCUCUCUGUCUGCAAGGAGAUAACACCACAUCUGCGCGCCCAGCCGUACGCCGUGCCUGUCGUGUGCCGUGUCCACAGGACUGUGAGCUGGGGGAGUGGCAGAACUGGUCACCCUGCACCAAGAGCUGUGGGACAGGAGGCCUGAGGUUACGUUUCCGUGAGGUCCUGAUCCCGGCAGCAUACGGAGGUGAACAGUGUGAGGGACAGGUGCAGACUCGGGAGUGUGAACCUGUGGAGUGCUCCUGGUGGCACACAGGUCGAUGGAGCAAGUGUUUCCUGAACUUCGGGUUGGACCAGCCGUGUGGCCCUGGGUCCCAGAUCAGGGUCAUGUACUGUAAGAGCGCGCUGGACGAGGUACUUCCGCGGGAAAACUGCUCACAUAUUCAGGAACCACCGCGGGAAAAUAACUGCCAGGUUCCCUGCCCGGGUGACUGUGUGGUGUCAGAGUGGUCAGACUGGGGACACUGCUCCGUGUCAUGUGGAGUUAAAGGAGGAUUCCAGACUCGGAUCAGACAAGUUCUAGCUUACUCCAGAAACGACCCAAUAGACUUGUUUCUUUUAUCCACAGCUUAUUCAAGAAAUGACACGGAGUGUUUGCCAGCUGACGAGCUGGUGCAGAGACGUGUGUGUAACCAGCAGGUGCCGUGCAGCACGUACCUGUGGCAGGUGGGACCCUGGGGCAGCUGUACGUCUGUCAACCAGUCCUGCAGCGACCACAGCGGUGUACAGACACGGCCCGUCUACUGUGGGAAGGACACAGGUUCUGCAGUAGAUGAGGAACUGUGUGACGCAGACUCCAAACCCCCCCGCCAGCAGUCCUGUUCAGUACCCUGUCCUGAGGACUGCAUGCUCAGCAAAUUCAGCGGCUGGUCCGAGUGCAGCCAAAUGUGUGGAGACACGGCCAUGAAAUUCAAGACUCAGAGGAUCCUUCGAGUAGCAGCAAACGGUGGGAAGGCAUGUCCUCCUCACAGCAAGGAUGGUAUCGUGAAGAAGCGGCGUCGUUGUAAGAACCUCCCUCCCUGCUACACCUACGAUUGGUCGCCUGAGCCGUGGGGCAAGUGUCAGGCUCUGUUUGGGAAGUGUGGACCGGGGUAUCAGACACGCAAGGUGGAUUGUGGGAGAAAUGAUGGGGUCACUGCAGACCAUGGUGUCUGUGUUGAGAAGUUGCUGGCCAAUCCGCCACCAUCCCAGAAGCGCUGUUUCAUCCCCUGCCCUGGAGACUGUGUGCUCUCUGAUUGGUCAGAUUAUGGACCCUGUUCCCAGACGUGUGGGGACUUGCCGGGAACCAUGGUCAGGACACGAUACAUCGUCAACCUGGACCCGAGCCAGACAGAGAAAGAGCAGUGCCCGCACAUCCAGGACAGUGACCUUGUUGAGCAGGCACAGUGCAAUGGGCAGCCCUGCCUGACAUACAACUGGGAAACAGGACCCUGGAGAAGCUGCAUACCCCACAAAGAUGCCAUGUGUGGGCCUGGCCUGCAGCACGCGGUGGUCCUGUGUGUGAGGAGUGAUGGACAGCAGGUGGAGUCUGACCUGUGUGACGAGGCUCUGCGCCCCUUCACCAGCCGACCCUGCGCCGUGCCCUGUCCCAUAGACUGUCAGGUCUCUGACUGGUCCAAGUGGAGCCUGUGUUCCCAUGUCUGUGGGCUAGGUACGAAGAACAGAGCGCGGGAAGUUGUGCGCCCUCCCCAACAUGGCGGCCGCCCGUGUCCCGCCCUGCUGCAGACCACAACCUGUUCGCUAAGGUCAUGUGAUGACCUUGAGUGGGAGGUAUCAGAGUGGAGUGCCUGUGCAGUGAGGGGUACAUGUGGGGAGGGCUACCAAACCAGGUCGUACCACUGUCCCCUGGGGGAGGGCUACUUCGAGGUGACCCAGUGUGAAUGGAGCGCUCCCAUCCCCCAGACUGUCCAGAUGUGUGAUCUUCCAUGCCCAGGUGACUGUGUCCUCUCGGAGUGGUCUGAUUGGUCCGAGUGUUCCUUACCGUGCUCCGAGGGCGGCGGCUACAAGACGCGUACGAGAGAGAUGGUUCGCCGUCCGGUGCCUGAGGGCAGACAGUGCAGUAACACGACAGAAGUGAUGUCCUGUAAAACAGACUGCCAGCACCAGUACAGAGUACAGGUGUCAUCAUGGACAGACUGUAUGGUACCUUCUGGGGAUGUCUGUGGAAAAGGCACCAGGCACCGUACCGUGAACUGUGUCCGAGAUGACGGCAUGUUGAUGUCGCUGACACACUGCGACGACACCAACAUCACCCGAAGUGAGCCCUGCCAACUCGAAUGUCCCGUGGACUGCAACCUGGGGGCCUUCUCUGAUUGGUCCACCUGUAGUGGCGCCUGCGGACUUUUGGCGUACCGGAACAGAACACGAGAAAUCGCGGAGGAAGGAAACGAACUUGGGAGACCGUGUCCUAAUGAGAUUACUCGUACACAGACCCUGCCCUGUGACCCUGCCCCGUGUUACACCCACUCCUGGGAGAGAGGAGACUGGGGAGACUGCAGCGUGGCCAGUCAGGGCUGCGGUAUCGGGGAGAGAACACGCACCGUCAACUGUCACAGGAGCGACGGCAAGAUGGUGGAUGAAAUCUACUGUCUGGUAGAAGGUGACAUCAGCAGCCUGGACCCCUCCCAGGUCCAACUGGUUCUAUCCAGUGUGAACCGGACUAAACUGGACAUAGAAACCAGUCAGAGCUGUGGCAGCCCCUGUCCUGGAGACUGUCAGAUGACGAACUGGAGCAAGUGGGGACCGUGCCAGCGGGACUGUUCGGAUUCGGGCAGCGCGGCCAUGAGAGCCAGAACACGUGCCAUUAUCCGUCCUGAAACUGGCCUGGGGCAGGCCUGUCCACUGGAAGCAGAGGAGCUCAUACAAAUAAGGUCCUGUCCUAACUCAAAGGCUGUGUGUCCAGUGUACCGGUGGAGAACUGGUCCAUGGGAUGACCAGGACAUCCGAGAGGUCUGGUGUGAGGAUCAAGAUGGAACCAGGGUGACAGAGACGGCAUGUGUGGAACGGGACAGACCUUCCGCCAUCAAGUGGUGUAUCCCAGCAUGCAGUGGGAGGUACAGCACCUGCAGUGAGGGUCGCUGUGUCUGUCAGGACGGGUUCGAAGGAGAUGGAGUUUUGUGCUUCCCGAGGGAAGGUUGUGCAGACGACAGCCACUGUCAGUUUGACGGAGCGUACUGUAACCAUGACAACCGGCGCUGUGAAUGUGUAGCAGGCAUGGUCGCUUUAACAGUGACGGGUCCUUGUAUACAAACAACGGCUGCCCCAACGACAACCGUCACAAUGCCACCCACAGAGGGGGUGCAGACUGCAGGACGGUCCUCAGGUCUGCCCACAUGGUGGUGGAUACCACUGGCUGUGGUGGUGGGAGUCCUGACUGUACUACUGAUCGGGAUCAUGUGUUACAGAAAACACCAUUCAGGUGAAGCAGUUAUCAACGAUCCUGCUUCGCCAGAUUACAGCAAAAAUGAAGAAAAAAGACGCCAACUUUACGUUUCCAUGCUACCGGGUAACAAGGCUUCUGCCAAAAAGGUAUAGGUCAGAGGUUAUGGGCUUAGGUGAAAGGUCAAGGGUCAUGGGCAUAGGUUAAAGAUCAAAGGUUAUGAGGGCUGAAAGGACUGGCUUUUCUUUUGUAUACAUCUAUAAAACUAAAUAUUUUCGAACAUAUUAUGUUGUCAUAUAUUGUACUUGCCGAGUGCCUUACAGUAAAUGGCAGUGGCCAACAGUUCUAUACUUGAUGAAGCCCUCUAUUAUAUAUAAAUUAAGUCUUAAAAAGAACUUCCCAAGUACUGGCCUAGACUUUACAGAUACACAAUCUGUUGUGUGUUCUUUUUAACUUUGUACAUUCCUGACCCCCCUCUUGAAAGAUGGGUUCUUCCUUGAAAGACAAUGAGAAACAGUGAAAAUGCAAUGUUAAGUUGAUAGUAAUGAUGCCAGGAUGAAAUUAGUUCUGAGAAAAGUUUAAUUGUUGCACAAAGGCCAAAGGUGAGUCUCUUUUUUACAAUGUAUGACAUGUCAGUGUACAAAAUACUUUUUUGAACCAGGUUGCCCAGUGGCAAAAAUUAGGUUGCCCAUC